ACUAGGCUACAACUUGAAGGUGUCAAGAUGUCACUGAAAGUGCAGACAAGUAACAUCACGAACAAGAAUGACCCCAAGUCUAUCAACUCCAGAGUCUUCAUUGGAAACCUUAACACAGCAGUGGUCAAAAAGUCAGAUGUAGAGACUAUCUUCUCCAAGUAUGGCAGAGUGGUGGGCUGCUCCGUUCACAAAGGCUAUGCAUUUGUACAGUACUCAAAUGAGAGACACGCACGGGCUGCUGUCUUGGGGGAAAAUGGAAGAGUGCUCGCUGGGCAGACGCUAGAUAUUAACAUGGCUGGAGAACCCAAACCCAACAGACCCAAAGGGCUGAAGAGAACAGCAUCUGCCUUGUACAGUGGCUACGACUUUGAUUAUGACUACUACAGAGAUGAUUUCUAUGAGAGACUCUUUGAAUAUCGAGGACGGGUCUCUCCUGUUCCUAGAGUGGUUCCUGUGAAGCGUCCACGGGUGACAAUUCCUUUAGUAAGGCGUGUAAAAGCAACCCUCCCAGUCAAGCUCUUUUCCCGAUCUGCUGCCAUCGCAAACAGUUCAGCUAAAUUAAAAUUGAAAUGCAAUGAACUGCAGACAAUCAAAACAGAGCUGACACAGAUCAAAUCUAACAUUGAUGCUCUCCUGGGAAGAUUGGAGCAGAUUGCUGAACAACAGAAGGCAUCUACAGAGGUAAGAAAGAAAGCUGAUGGAAACAAAAGCGAGAUCUCCCAAGAAGACACAGCAUCAGAGGCAGAGAUUAACACGGAUGAGCCGCUAAACGGGGAAGAGGGCGAGGAGGAAGGCCUGGUGCAGGACGACUGCGAAGACGAAUUGGAGAAUAGCCAUUAUACAGAUGUGGAGGACUCCAGCCUACAGUAACCAGCAUGUGAUUCAGCACAGCAGUCAUGGAAAAACCAGGACGACAGCAAGAGAUUUAUGCCCUGCCUUGGCAUGUUGAUCCAGACACGCAUAACAUGCCGGACUGUCAUCCUCUCUGCCUGGCAUCCAAAAGGAGAAAUAUGGACCCCUAUCUUCGAGCCGUUUUCUAGUACACAGCAAACUAGUCAUCCCAGUGGAACCCCUUCAUUGCUCCCACCCUGCCCUUGUUCUACAGACUCAGAGCCCCGCAGCCCGUAAGCACCACUUGUUCCAUGACCUUCAGUGGCCAGAUACUGGAACUGGUUUUAUAUUGGCAGAUAAAGAUCUUAGAUCUUUUCCCCUCCCUAGCAUCAAGUGAAGAAAGGUACACAGCCUAUCUAAAUAGUCUUGUUCCCAAGAAAGAUGGGGCAUGGUGCUUCAUAGCAAAAGGGGAGGAAAGUCACUACAGACAAUUUAUGGUUUUGCAUUUGAGAUAAUGCCACCAGGGGUGCCGCCUCCUAAGCAGCUUUGGACCUGCAUCAUCAUUGGAGGGUAUACAGGCAUUUGCUGUAUGAUGUCAUGGACAGAGAAUAUGGCUAUUGGUUGGGUUCUGCCUGGAUGUUUACAAACCCUCUUUAUCCAUUCAGUUUCCUACACAUCAGCAAAGGUAAAGCAAGUGGUAGGUCUAUGCAUAGCAGCAAGGGUGAGCACUGAAUAUAGUUAGGAUACAACAGGGGACACAUUAAAUCGAGCUUUUCAGAAUAAGGGAUGAGAUAGUAGCAUUCACUUCACAACCCAGCACCCCAUACUCCACAAGUCAUUGACUUGCUCUUUAUAAACAUAAGGUCAUCUAUAGCUUAUCCAAAAUGGAUAAGGAAGAGUAAAACAGUCACAUGGAGAGAUUCAAGAUACUCGCAUGGUAAGUCAAAGCCAGCAAUGGCACACUGGGUUGGUCACCUAUUUGUCAUACCAGUAGCCUAGGACAAGUGAAAAAUAAGGUUGUAGUCCUCCUUGCUUAAGUGCAUAGGCUUGAAGCAAUCAGAUUCCUUUCUUCCCUGCUGAAUCUGCUCUGAUUCUUCAGCUGCUUUUAGCCCACUCACCCUCCACUUAAAAAAAAAAUUAAAACAGAUGUGCAACUCAUUUAUCUGCAACACGUAGCAAAACUGGAGUAUGCCAACUGUCUUCUCUUCCAUCUAUAACUCCUCUCUCUGGUAGUUUACUCCAUGACAGAGGUUAAUGGGGUGAAGUUUGCUUAGCCAUAUGAUUCAACACCUGUGGACAUCAACAGCCCUAUGGUGACCGACUGCUCAUCAAGAGAAGGCGAGAACCACAGAAUCACAUUGGUCUGUUCUGAAGGGGACUGACACUAGACCUAAAGGAUUUAUCUUGGAAAACAAAUCCCGACAAGGAAAGUUCCCUUUCUCUGGACAUUAUAAUCAGGAAAGGAUCAUGGCUCUCAAAGCACAACAUUUUACCUGUACUAGGUUGUUGUUUUACUGGGGAGUGAGAAAAAAGGGCAAAGUGUUGUUUUUCUCCUCCCUCCCCUCUUACCUUUUCUAUUCGGGCUCCUCCUGUACAGUUUGCCUGCUGUAUUGUACUGAGCUAUUUUACAGCUGCUUUUUGGGCUUUGGGAGAGAAGCUGCAAUGUUCUACUAUGACCUGACUGUAAGACUGGGGUAGGGAAGGAAAUGGGGGCAGGGGGACUUUGUAUAUAUAAUCCUGUAUAAUAAAAGAAACUUAAU